CCUUUUUAUAGAGUUUUUGUGCUUUCAAGUACCAACAAAACAAACCGAAAAGUAACCAACAAAUUGUCAUUUGUCAAAUCUAGGGAUUUUCCUCUUCCGAAACUUCUUUCAAGUUUUUGCUAAAAACAAAAAUGGGUAAGGUAAAGUGCUCCGACUUACGGACAAAAGACAAAAAAGAGCUCACCAAGCAGCUCGAUGACCUCAAAAAGGAACUCACCAGCUUGAGGGUGGCGAAAGUUACCGGUGGUGCCCCUUCCAAACUGUCCAAAAUCCGGGUAGUGCGUAAAGCGAUCGCCCGCGUGUACAUUGUUAUGCACCAAAAGCAAAAGGAGAAUUUGAGGAAGUUGUACAAAAACAAGAAGUACAAGCCUUUGGACCUUAGACCCAAGAAGACCCGCGCUAUCCGUCGUGCCCUUUCAUCCCACGAACAGAAGCUUAAGACUCCCAAGGAGAUCAGGAAACUCUCUGCUUUCCCCCCAAGGAUGUUUGCUCUUAAAGCUUAAUUGUUAGUUUAGGAAAUAAAUGUUUUAAAAACUU